UGAACUAACAACUGCAUCUCUUUUUCAGCAUGGACAAAAUAAUUGCUCACUAUCGACAAUUUUCACAUGCAGAAAGAAUAGUACAGGGCACCAAGGGCUUUGCUUGUCCAAGAACUAAAGAUGAGCUAUUGGAGUUUUCUCAAAGGUCACUAGACAAGUCAAACAUCGCACAGCUGAGCUUUGAUGAGCUCAACCAAGUUGAAAGUGAACUGGAUGGUGCAUUAACACAAACAAUUGCCCGAAAGACUCAAGUGAUGAUGGAUAUGAUCGCUGAGCUUCAGGAAAAGGGGGAGAAGCUUCUUGAAAAGAGGAGGGUACUCCAAUCAUAUCUCAACAUGGAGAGGCAAGACGAGCACGGUGGCGACGGGAUAGGCGUGAGCAGCAGCAACAACGGCGGCGGCGGCGACGAAUGCGGUGAGUGCAGCGGCGGGAAUGCGAUCCCCCACCGUGACGUCCCGCGAUUGCCGCGGUGGGGGACGCAGGUGCAGCCGCUGCCCUUCUUGUUACUGGACACGUAAAACGCUAGUCCAUGGUUGUCGGAGAGUCGCAUGUACUUAGCUAUAGGUUGUAGUUUGUUUGUUGUUCUGCGUCUCCUGCUACUACUACUACUAUGCGAAUGUAUAAAUGUACGCGUGAAAAUAUGUUGGCGUACUUAGCAUAUAUAUUGAUAUUUAAAAUGUAUUAUCCAUGUAUAUAUAUGUUAGCCAUGUAUGUAUGUAUGCAUCUACGUACUUCUUCCUGAUGUGAGAAAAGUUUUUUUUUU